UUUUUGUCACGCACCAGGGGUGCGGAGUUCUGGGGACUUGCGCUGCUUCUCACUCGCUCCGGCCAUGAUGGGGGUGCUGCUGGGGGUGUGCGUCUUGGCGGCGGUGACAGGUGCGCUCGAGGGACCCCCCCGGCAGGACACGGGGAGCGCGCGCACGGCGGUGCUCGCGAGGACCCUGCACGGGGAGACCCCCGGCGCGCGGGCGAAGAGGGCCGCCCCCGGCGGCGCGAGGAGCUCCAGCUUCACCGCGUGCAGACUGAAACUCGCGGCGUCCGAGUUGAAAAGACUGGACCAAAACACCCACGAGACUGCAUUCCAUGGUGAUGACGGUUCCAGUUUUACUCUCACAUGGGUCGGGGAUGGGACCGGGGUGAUUCUGGUGCUGUCGACCAUCAGUGCCCCACAGGGUGUGGUCUUUGAGGCGGGGUCCUCUCGACUCUACAGGAGUGAGGACUAUGGAAAAACCUUCCAUGAUAUCACCCAUGUCAUCAACAACACCUUCAUACGGAAAGAAUAUGGCAUUAGCACGGGGCCUGGGAAUUCUCUAAGGGUGAUCCUGAUAGGGGAUGUGCCUGCCUCGGAGAAGAACGUCAUCUUCACCUCCGUCGACGCUGGUGUGUCCUUCAGACCCGUCCAGCUGCCCUUUCACCCAGGCCAGGCGAUCACCUUCCACUACCUGAACCCCGACUACCUGGUCACCAUCAGCGUUGAUGGGGGUCUAUGGUUGUCGCUGGACUUUGGGAAAGGAUGGAACAAGGUGCACGAAAGUGUUCAUUCUUUCAUGUGGGGUUCAGGCAUCACGCUAUUCUUCAGCACCAGCCCGAAAGGGACAGUUGAUGCUGACAGAAGGGGGGAGCUAUACCUAAAAAGGACUGAGGAUCUGGGCAGGACUUUCACCACCAUCACGCAGAACAUCUUCUCCUUCGGCUACAUCGGCGGCUUCCUGUUCACCUCCGUCAUGGAGAAAGUGGGGGAGCCACGUGUCAUAUAUGUGUCCUCAGACCAGGGGGAUGUCUUUAACAAAGCCCAGCUCCCCUCUGCCACCAUGGAGCAGUUCUACUCUGUCCUCGACGGUGAUGAGGAUAUGAUCUUUAUGCAUGUGGAUGACCCAGGAGCUGACACAUAUUUUGGCACGGUUUACACGUCAGAUGACAGGGGCAUUCUCUACUCCAAGUCACUAGAGCGCCACCUGUUUGGUGGGGAGGGGAAGAGCGACUUCACCAACAUCACGUCCCUGAGGGGAGUGUAUCUCACCAAUGUCCUAGAGGAAGAUGGACGUAUUCGGACGGUAAUCUCUUUUGACCGAGGGGGAGAGUGGCAACUGCUGAACAAACCCGAGAAUGCAGAGUGUGGGAAGAAUACAAAAAACUGUAACCUGCACAUCCACGGAGAGUACAGCCGCUUCAAUGGCCUGGCUCCCAUGCUGCCGCUGUCUGACCCCAGUGCCGUCGGCCUCGUCAUCGCCCACGGCAGCGUGGGAGACUCUGUGACCUCAGCGUGGCCGGAUGUGUAUGUGUCAGACGACGGGGGUUACACCUGGUCACGGACGCUGAGGGGACCCCAUCACUAUGCCAUCCUGGACUCGGGGGGACUCGUGGUGGCUGUGGAGUCCCACUCUGACCGACUCAUCCAGACUGUCAAGUUCUCCACGGACGAGGGCCAGUGCUGGAAUCUGUACAACUUCACCGAGCAGCCCAUCUUCUUCGCCGGCCUGGCCACGGAGCCCGGGACCAAGACCAUGAACCUCACCAUCUGGGGCUACCGGGCGGAGGAGGAGUACCGGGCCACGUGGGUCGCUGUCACCAUCGACUUCCAGCACCUGCUCACCAGGGAGUGUGGAGAGGAGGAUUAUGUGGAGUGGUUGGCACAUUCCACUGAUGGGCGGGACUCAGCCACAGCUGGGUGUGUCCUGGGGUACAGGGAGACCUUCAGGAGGUUGAAGAAGCUGUCUGUCUGUAGAAACGGGCGGGACUAUGUGGUCAGCAGGCAGCAGAGCCCCUGCCCCUGCACUAGAGAGGAUUACAUGUGCGACUAUGGUUACUAUCGCCAUGAGAACAGCUCAGAGUGCGUAGAGCAGGAAGAGUUCAACCACCAUGUCCUGGAGGUGUGUCUAAAUGGAGAAGAGGAAGAGCUUCAGACUUCUGGGUAUCGCAAGGUCCCCAGCGACAGGUGUGAAGGGGGAUUCACGCCUUCGCGCAGAGAGAGGACCAUCAGCAAGCACUGCGCGAACUCCAGCCGAGUGACGAGCGCAAAGUCCACUUCAGAAAGAAACAGCACAAUCCUGGUGACGGUCGCGUGUGUUUCUGUCGCGGUAGUAGCUCUGGCUACUGCUGGCUUCCUCAUCGCCAGGAAGCUACUUUGCACUGAAAGGGUUCCGGCGUACCGCUUCUCGGCUCUGCAGCUGCAGGACGACGACCAGUGCAUCACGGUGGAGCCGCAGAGGGUCACCGUCGGCAACGGAGGAGCUUACCACAACGAUUCAGACGAGGAUCUGAUUAUUUAAGUUAGACCAAAGUGAAGUCACUUGGGUGCCAGACAGCUGUCUGCGUACAUUGACAUCCAGAUGUGUGAUUCAGAACAUGCCAGCUGGAAGCCUCUUUGCACACGUCACCACAGCACAGGGUUUGUCCUUUUUUGUAUUGACAUUUUAAGGUCUCUGUCUCACAUUUUGAACUAUUGCCAGUACGUGUCCCAGGUGGAAUAUUGACGAUGAGUUAUUUAUUUGAGGAACACUGCAUUAUACUGUAGCUUUGUCAGCAUUCUAAUGUCUAUUUGUGUAGGGCGUUUGUGCUUGCUUUGUGUGACUUCCUUCAUGAUACUGUGCUCUCUUAAAGUGAGAAUCUUGGAUCAGUCAAGACAUUUCUCAGUGAAAGAUAAAACCCUGUGCCACUGUUAAUUACUUUAUAAAUACGGUUUAUGGUACACACACAAGGAAGAUCGCACACACUCAUUUGCACUCCUGUAUACAUUUUUAAAGAAAAGAAACAUUGUUUCCUUUGUCAGGAUAUUUUGUCAAAAAAAUCUUUUUUUCUAAAUAAAUUCAGCUUGGAGUACCAGAGAACAUGUAUCUUUCCCAUAUUUGUUUGUUAUGAGUCCACAAGUUUCAUGUUAACAUUGGGUGUUCAUCCUCAGUUUCCUUAAAGUACUGUUUAUGGCCCAUUAUUGAUAUAGGAUAUCGACUGUAAUGAGAAAUAAAGAACAGUCUGCCACACUGAUGAGGUUUCUCUGCUGCUGUUACACUCUGAUCGUAAUUCAGCCUUUACCCUUCAGCGCACAUUAAAGAAGCACUUUGUGACUGCAGUAGCUUUAGCGAAUGGAAAGAAAUACAUAACCAUUUGGCAACUUUCUGCUGCUUUGUCAAAGAGGUUACAGGCAAGGUCACGUGUUGAAGGACAAAUGUAGCCAUGUAGAAGUGAACUGUUUGUAAUUUAGACUUAAGUUUUAAGUUAUUGGAA